AUGUACUUUAUUUGUUUAUUCUUCUUAGGUGCUUAUAAAUUACUAUCUAGAUCUGAUGAUCAACUGAACACUUCUAAUCAAUCAACAGAACAUUCUAUUUAUCUUCAACAAAUCGACAAAGAGAAGUACCAACAUGACAAUUAUCACCAUCAUUAUUAUCAACAACAACAACAACAAUCGGUAAUAUCUAAUUCUCAUUUGUAUGAUGAUCAUAAUAAUGAAGGUGAAAAUAAAAUGCUUUUUGAUUCAUUGAACACAUUCUGGUUAAAUCAGUAUACAACAUUGAAUUCAUUAGAGUUAGCUAAACUUUUUAAACAAUAUAUAAAUUCUUAUCAGCAUAUGACAAUUGCAGUAUCAUUAACACAAUCGACAAAAUCUGUAAUCAAUAAUGAUAUUCCAGUUAUCAACAGUAAUAUUAUAACAUUGAAUGAUGAUACAAAGAAAAAUCAUAUUUUACAUAAUACUUCUUAUUCAUAUAAUCAUAAUCAACCAUUUUCACAUGUAAUUCACCCAAAUUUAUUGAAUAUAGAAUCUAUUAGACGAAUAAACAAUUCACUAGAUAAAUAUACUUCAGAUAUAAUUAAAGAUAAUUCAAUUGGUAUAAAAUCAUAUGCAUUAAAUCAACAUCAACAAAUUGAAAGAGAGUCAUUGAACAAUGUAACAGAAAUUUCAAAUUCAACAGUUCAACAUUCCAGUAGUGAAACCAGUGAUACUAGUAUUAAUAUUAAUAAUAAUAAUGACACAAUAUCAUCAAGUAUUCUUCAUACAGUAACAAAACGUAGAAAACGUCGUAUAUUGUUUAGUAAAUUGCAAACAACUAAACUAGAACAAUGUUUUAAUGAGCAAAGAUAUUUGACAGCAUCAGAAAGGGAGCAUUUAGCCAGAAUAUUAAAUUUAACACCAACACAGGUGAAAAUUUGGUUUCAAAAUCAUCGUUACAAAAUGAAACGUGCAAAUCAAAAUGAUGAAUUAUCCCCAAGUACAUUGAAAAAAAAAUCAGAUGGAGGCAUAUCUAUAGCAGAAAUUAAUUCACCAUCAUCAUGGACUUCAAGAUGUUUAAUAACAACUAACUCAGAUUGGCAGAGAUUAAGAAAUGAUGAAAGGGGCUCUGCAAGAAGUCAGAUACAUGAUCCAAACCAGAUAAUACAAUCCAAAGAUCAGAAUUCUAUUUAUCAGCAUAAAAUUAUUCAUCCUAAAAUGUCCAAAGAAACUAAUGUAAAUGUCAGAUCAUUACAUAAUUCAAAAGAUCCGACUCAACCAAUAAAUUAUACUGAUUUAUUCCAAAAAUCGUGGAUAGCCAAUUGGUUCCAAAUGAUUUCUGAUCCCAGUGUAAGUGAUACCACUAAGAUGAUCAGUGAAGGUCAUUUCCAUAAAACAGAAAAUGUAACAAAUAAUUACGAAGCUUCUAAAUAUACGAUCGAUAAUAUUGGGAAUCAUUGUAAUGAUGAGUUAAAGGGAUGUGGUUCUGAACUAUCGCCGGUAAGCAGACUUUACAAAUUUGAACAACUCUAUCCAUUUAAAAACUCCAAUGAUGCAAUUCAAUCAUCUCUUAAACCGAUUCAAAUGCAUCAACCUGUUGUAGAACUUGACCACUAAACACCUUCAUAGCAUGAAUUAGCUAGAUUUUUCUGUAUUGAUAAUCAUAAUUUUAAUGAACCUGUAAACCUGAUCUAAACUUCUAAUGCACACAAAUGACACAAAUAAGGUUAACCAGAAAUUAGUAGCAUGUAAUACGAAAGUGCUUUUCUUGGUUCUCCUUCAAACCUAUCUCAAAAAAACUAUUUCAAAAGCGAAUUUAUUUCUUGAAGAAACUAACUAGUCUCUAAAACAUGUUCCAAACUAAAAGCAGAAAUUCAUAAUGUAUACGAG